UCGAAUUCUUUAGUCCUCGUCAAACGUCAAUCGUCACCUCCAAUGUCGCCGUUGGUGCCACGCACGUCAACGCCGGCUCUCUCACUCUGUUGUUGCCGAGAAAGCUAUCCCCUUCGUUUCCCACGGAAACCCCCUGGACUUAAACCUUCGUUCUCUCAUGGAAGAUUAUUGGAUUCGAUACAAAACAAUCUUUUGAUUCUUGAAGCUUAAUCUUUGUUCUGAAGCUUUUAGUAAUGGCGAGUGGAGCAGAGCAAGAGAAGACAUGGGAUGAGGCGCUGCGUAAAAUGCUCCCUCCUGGUUCUUCCUUGCCUGAGGAAGAACACUUUGACUACUCCAUCGCUGUUGAGUACCAAGGUCCUCCCGUAUCUUACCAUCUUCCCAAAGCUGAACCUCUCGAUAAUGUUGCUUCUCGUUCUUCGGUCCCCAGUAUUGCUGUUCCAGUAGCUUCCAAGUUUUCUAGGUUUAGUAAAUUCCCUAAUGGAGGCUUGAGAAUGGAAAUUGAAUCGAAGGGAGAGGAGCCAGAAGAGGCAUCGAUUCGAGAUCCUAGCUCAGUCUCUCCUACUCCUUUCGGUGGUUCGCCGCGGAAGCCGAAUCGAGCAGCGGUUGUGGCUUUCAAUAAUGAAGAAGAGUGGGAUAAGGAUGAUGAGGAUGAGGAUGCGGAGUUGUCUUCUUCUAGGUUUCGCGUUGCAGAUCAGGGGAAGUCAUUAUCCCCUGUUGUGGUUAGGGAUCGGGUAAAGGAAAGGAAAAAAGGAGUUUGUAGCAGAUGUGAGAAAGGGAGUUGGUUGAACGAGAGGGAGGCUUGUUUGGUAUGUGAUGCAAAGUAUUGUAGUCAUUGCAUGCUUAAGGCUAUGGGUUCCAUGCCUGAAGGUCGAAAGUGUUUGGACUGCAUUGGGCAACCUAUAGAUGAAUCGAAGAGGUCGAGUCUGGGGAAGUGUUCGAGGAUGUUGAGCAGAGUCUCUAAUCCUUUAGAGGUUAAGCAGAUUAUGAAAUUGGAGAAGGAAUGUUCGGCAAACCAGAUUCGACCAGAGCAAAUAAUUGUCAAUGGAAAGGCACUUGGGCAAGAAGAAUUGGCUGAGAUUUUGGGUUGCCCUCUCCCUCCCUUGAAGCUGAAACCAGGGAAAUACUGGUACGACAAGGACUCUGGGCUUUGGGGAAAGGAAGGAGAGAAGCCUGAUAGAAUCAUAAGUUCGAAACUGAAUGUUGGUGGAAAGUUGAGCUUGAAUGCGAGUAAUGGGAACACAAAAGUUUACGCAAAUGGCCGUGAAAUCACAAAGAUAGAGCUCAGGGUGCUUAAGUUGGCUAAGGUCCAGUGCCCCCGGAAUACUCGUUUUUGGGUGUAUGAUGAUGGAUCUUACGAGGAAGAAGGUCAGAAUAACAUAAAAGGAAAUAUAUGGGGAAAGGCAUCGAUUCGUUUCUUAUGUUCACUAUUCUCAUUGCCUGUACCACCGGUAAACACUAAUGGGCUAAAAGAAGAUACGGAUACCUCUUCUAGUAGGCUCGUGCCCAAGUAUUUGGAGCAGGAAAGAGUCCAGAAACUUCUGUUGCUUGGGUUGGAUGGGUCUGGAACCAGCACUAUCUUCAAGCAGGCCAAAUUUUUAUAUGGGGACAAGUUUUCUGUGGAAGAACUGCAGGAUUUCAAGCUUAUGAUUCAAAUCAACAUGUAUAAAUAUUUAAGUGUACUACUUGAAGGCCGAGAGCAUUUUGAAGAGAAGUCUUUGAUGAUGAAAAGAGAUGCUGCCUCUUUUUCUGAGGAGUCCGGCUCAGGUGAAACUGGAACCGAUGAACAUAAGCAGUGCAUUUAUUCAAUCAACGAAAAAUUGAAGCAUUUUUCUCAUAAGAUUUUGGAAACUAUGGCUAUGGAAAACUUGGAAGCUUUCUUUGCUUCUGCAAUACAUGAAUAUGCUCCUGUUGUCGAUGAGGUUUGGCGGGAUCCUGCGAUUCAGGAGACAUACAAGAGAAGAGAUGAAUUGCAUUUUGUUCCAGAUGUUGCCAAUUAUUUCUUAGAUCGGGCUAUUGAGAUAUCAAGUAACGAUUAUGUGCCUUCUGAGAAAGACAUUCUAUAUUCUGAAGGAGUGACCUUGAACAAUGGCCUUGGCUUUUUUGAAUUCUCAUUGGAUGACCAUAGUCCAAUGUCAGAGACAGACAAUGAAAACUCUGAUUACCCACUUCCACUUACCAAGUACCAAUUAAUUAAAGUAAACGCAAAGGGACUCCGUGAUUGCUGCAAAUGGCUGGACAUGUAUCAAGAUGUUGGGGCUGUUAUCUUUUGUGUUUCUUUGAGUGACUAUGAUCAGGUGUGGGCCGAAGGAGAUGGUCCAGUGCGCAACAAGAUGCUACUGAGCCGAGAACUUUUUGAGAGUGCCCUGACACAACCAUGUUUCAGGGAUACUCCCUUCAUUCUCCUCCUCAAUAAGUAUGAUGCCUUUGAAGAGAAGAUCCGUUGGGUACCCUUAACAGUUUGUGACUGGUUUGGGGAUUUCAGCCCAUUAAAAUGUUAUCACAACAAUGAGUCAUUGGCGAACCAGGCUUAUUACUAUGUUGCAAUGAAGUUUAAGGAACUCUAUGCCUCCUUCAGCAACCGGAAACUAUUUGUGUGGCAGACCAGGGCCCAUGAACAGAGCUCUGUAGAUGAAGCAUUCAAGUACAUUAGGGAGGUUCUUAAGUGGGAGGAAGAAAAGGAUGAACAUAUGUAUGGAAUUGGUGUGGAGGAUUCAUUUUACAGCAGUGAAAUGAGCUCAUGACCAUACAUAAGGCAGGAGUGAAAUUCUUUCACCAGUAGUGAGCCUCUUUAUUGUGCUUACUACUGUUUUUGAGAAAGAGAGAUAUGAGGACAUCAAAUUUUUAUUUUUUUUAUUUUAUGUUUGGAUAAUCUCAUAGCCAUUCUGGGCUUUUCUGUAUGAAUGCAAAUGUAGGUAGGAAGCGGGAACUAUUUGCUUCUGACAGCCAGGAGGCUGGUCAGGACAUGUAGAGUAGCUUUGGGGGCCAGGAGGCUCGGUAUAGUUUAGGUUCAUAGCGGAUGUUUGAUGAUCGCUUAUUCUGUAUAGUGUUGGUUCACCUUGCUGUACCAAAUAAGAUCUUUGUGAAGAUUAUCAUUGCCAUUUUGGUUGUGUGGA